AUGGGAUUCAUCCCAGAGCCGAGUAUCAGUUCCCCCAAACCUAUCCAGGUCAACAUCAUUGACUUAGAACUGAGUUAUAUGGAUCCCAUUGCUGUAUUUCUUUCCUCAGAACAGUUACCAAAAGAUAAGAAAGAAGCUCAUAAGCUACGGAAUAAAACCCUACGAUAUUACAUGGACUCCCAGGCCGAGUCUUCAAAUAAAGUAAUCUUGGACAUAAUCAAGAAACAAUUGGAGAAGGCCAAGGGCAAGUGGGUUGAAGAGCUACCCAGUGUAUUGUGGGCUCAACUCAUUAUUCUGAGGUGCACCACUAAAGAAAUGUCGUUCGCCUUGUGCUUUGGGACAGAAGCUAUCAUCCCUCUGGAAAUCGGCCUACCCACUUUGAAAUCAAAGGCUUUUGAUACAGGUCGUAAUGACAUGAUGUUGGCCUCGGAUCUGAAUCUACUUGAGAAACGCCGAGAUUGGGCUCUUGCACGCAUGGCACGAUAUCAGCAACAGCUCACUAAGUCAUAUAAUCAGCACGUGCAACUGCGUCAUUAUGCUCCCGGAGAAUUGGUUCUUAAGAAAGUGCUUCGUGUUGCGAAAAACCCAGCAAACGAAAAGUUAGGCUCCAAUUGGGACGACCUCUAUCAAAUUGAUUCGAUUGCUGGCACAGGGACAUAUUGCCUCUCGGACAUAACUGGCCAAAGUCUACCACGACCUUGGAAUUCGACCCAUUUGCGUAAAUUUUUUCAUUAA